UUGCUCUGCAUUUGGAAUUUUGGAUAAUCUACUUCUCUGAGAAACAAACCUGACUGGAGUGUUUUCGCAUUCCUUAUCCGGUGUUCCGGGGGAAGGAUAAAGGAUUUGAAGAGCUAACUAGCUUUCAUUCAUACCAUAUAUAAGAAAUGGAGAUUCUUGUUGCAAUAGCUGGAAAACUUGCCGAGUACACAGUCGCACCGAUCGGACACCAAGUGGGUUAUCUAGCUCACUACAAAAGGAACCAUCGAAAUCUGCGGACCAAAUUGGAGGACUUACGUGCUGCCAGGGAUGACGUUCAGUGUGAGGUUGUUCAAGAAAAGAGAAGAGGGAAAAUAAUCAAGACUACUGUUCUGAAUUGGAAGACAAAAGUGGAUGCCAUCAUCACAGAGGCAGAGGAAUUCCUGAAAGACGGCCGCCAUGCUCAGACAGAGUGUCUUCAUGGUUUCUGUCCUCAUCUGGUGCUCCGUUAUCAACUAAGCAGGAAAUCAACAAAGUUGGUGGAGGAGAUUGAUGAGCUUUAUGCAAAGAAGGAGUUCUCCAACUUUGCAAAUGAUGCUCCUCUACAAGAUCCAUAUCUCUUAUCUACCGGGAAUUACCAUGCCUUUGCUUCGAGAGAUUCAACUGUGAUGAAAGUCAUGGAUGAACUGAAAAAUCCUGAUACAGAAAUGAUUCUGGUGUGGGGAAUCGGUGGUGUAGGGAAGACCACGCUUGUGGAAGAAGUUCUUAGGCAAGCUACGGAUGACAAAUUAUUUGAUGAUGUGGUGAUGGUAAGAGAUGUUAAAGGGAGGCCAGACCAAGUACAAAAAGAAAUUGCCACAAAGUUAGAUAUGAGCAUUAAUGAAAAUCAUGCUCUUGCUGACAGAGUAUGUGCUAGGAUAAAAGACAAGAGGGUUCUUGUAGCUUUAGACGAUGUUUGGGAAAAGAUUGAUCUGGUGGCUAUCGGACUUCCCCGCCUGGUGAAUUGCAAAGUGCUGCUUACAAGUCGAAUCCGCAAGGAAUUUUCAUUGGAUAUGCGCAGACAGAUUUAUAUUCGACUUGAUGUUUUGAACGAAGACGAAGCAUGGAGUUUAUUUGAGAAGAUGGUUGGUGAUGUUGUCAAAGAUAGCCUCAUACGAAGCGUGGCAAUUGAAGUAGCAAAGAAAUGUGGACAAUUGCCAAUUUUGAUUGUCACAGUUGCAAGAGCUUUGAAAGACAGAAACAAGAUGAGUGCAUGGAAAGACACCUUGAGACGCCUUGAAGGCUUUGACAAAAAAGAAUUGAAGGCAAAAGCAUAUUUGGCUCUGGAAUGGAGUUACAAUCAAUUGGAAGAGAAAGAACUCAAGCCGUUUGAUAAGAACACGCAUGUUAGAAUGCAUGAUCUCGUAUGCGAGGUUGCUGCAUGGAUUGCGUCCAGAGAACAACACGUCUUAUCAGUUGAAUAUGGAGCUGAAUUGAAAGAAUGGCCUGAUAAAGAUUUCUUUAAAAGGUGCACUAAGAUGUCUUUAAAAUCCCGCAAUAGUCCCAUGCUUUCUCAAGUACCUGCAGAGGAAUGUCAGGAACUGGAAAUGAUUUAUUUGUACUAUACAGUUGUUGCAUCAACAGAAAUCCCUUCGUACUUUUUUACAGAAAUGAAGAAACUGAAAGUGUUGGGGAUCACUGAAGUAUGGAUGACGUCACUUCCCUCUUCUCUUGAGUGUUUGAAGAAUCUUCAAACGUUGAGUUUAAAAGCAUGCGCGUUGGAAGAUGUAACUCUAGUUGGACAUUUAACCAACUUAGAGAUCCUUAGCUUUGCGGGGUCCACUAUUAGACAGCUACCCAAAGAAAUAGGGGAGUUGAUUCGACUGAAAUGGUUAGAUCUGAGUGAGUGUGACCUUCUUGAAGUGAUUUCACCUAAUGUUCUCUCUAGGUUGGAAAAACUAGAAGAGUUGACAAUGAGAAACGUCUUUCUCAAUUGGGAGGGUGAAAGGGGAAGAAGUAAUAUUGCUAGUCUUUCAGAGCUGAAAAACUUGUCUCAUCUUACUGCAUUGGCGAUAUAUAUCGAAGAUGCUAAUAUUCUUCCGCCAAACUUGUUCUCCAGUAAUUUGGUAAGAUACCAAAUAUAUAUUGGUCAGGUCUGGAGAAAUCCUGUACAGACCAUGGCUCAACCGACCCUCAACGAGCUAAAACUGGAUCUGGGUAUAAUAACGUUGUUGAAGAAAUGUGCAGAUUUGGACCAAGGUAUAAUAACGUUGUUGAAGAAAUGUGCAGAUUUGGGUCUGGAUGGAUCUGAGAGUGUUAAUAGUAUUGUCCGUCAAUUAAAUGCUGAAGAUUUUGGGCAAUUGAUACACCUCCGUCUCCAAAACAAGGUUGAUUUCACAUAUAUCAUUAAUAGCAAGGUUGUGUUCCCCUACCUAACAACCUUGAGCGUAGAUAGGUUGAAUCAUCUAAACUUCUUGCUCUCAUUUUCUAUGGCUAAAAGUCUGGUGAAGCUGAAUCAUCUCGAAGUGUCCGAAUGUGUAAUAAUGGAAGAGAUAGUAUCUACAAGAGAUCAACCCAAUGGAGAAAAUAUCGAUAUCGUGUUUUGUAAGUUAGAAACGCUGAGACUGUAUGGCCUCCCAAACCUCGCUAGAUUCUGCACCGAAAGUUCUAUCGAAUUAUCUCCGGUGAAGAAAUUUGAUACGGAACUGGGGGCAUCCAAUCCUACGAGAAGUAAAAAACUUGAUGGCAAGAGUGGGACUGCUGUUCUAACCUGUCUUUUUGAUGCACAGAUAAAAUUUCCGAGCUUGGAGAGAUUGGAUUUCUAUAAGCUUGGGAAGUUGCAGACACUAUGGAAUAAUAAGAAACUUGCUGAUCAAGACUCUUUUCAGAAGCUCAGAGAAGUUAAUGUUUCCUAUUGUGUGAGUCUAAUGAAUAUCUUUGUGCCCAGAAUGAUGGGAAGACUGAAUGCUCUAGAAACCUUACGGAUAAAGUAUUGUAAUUCACUAGAAGCGGUAUUCGAAGUUGGAAGAACUGAUGUUGAAGAAAUAUCUGCAGGCACAUCAUCAUCAUCCCUUGGCAACUUGAAACCUUUUCACUGUCCAAGUCUUGGUUCGGUAGAAAUAGGGUAUUGUAAGAGACUGAAAAAUAUCUUUCCGGCCUCAGUUGCCAGAGGUCUUCAAAAGCUAUAUUAUUUGAAGGUGGAAAACUGUGAUGAGGUGCAGGAAAUCAUCGGUGGUGAACAAGGACUGAAAAAAGAGCUUCCCCGGUUCGAGUUCCCAAACGUAACACGUGUGCGUUUGAGUGGUCUGCCCAAACUUUGUAGAUUCUAUCCAGGAAUGCACGUUUCCAAGUGGCCGUUACUCAAAGAAUUGGAGAUGUACAGAUGUAACAGAGUGAAGAUGUUCGCCGCAGAACUUCCAAAUAUCAAGGGUCAUCCGCUAAUUGAACAAUCUCUCUUUCAAAUUGAAAAGAGCUUUUCAACUGUACAUCAUUUUCAGUAG